UGGGCGGGUCGGCUGCGCCGGAGGUGGCGGAUCCAAGAUGGCGCCGUGCGGACGUGUCCGGAGCCGCUGCCCGGGCCCGGCGCUCCUCCUGCUCCUGGCGCUGGCGGCGCGGCCACCGGCGGCGGCGGCGGGCGGCCCUCCUCCCGUGGGCCCGGCCGCUGGCGGCAACCUGGUGUUAGCGGCGCAGGCGGGGGGGCCGGGCGCGGCGGGCCCGCGGGGUCCCCGCGGUGGCGGCGGUUCGGGCAGCGGGUGGAAGCUGUCGGAGGAGGCGGUGUGCCGGGAGGACGUGGUGCGGCUCUGCUCCAAGCACAGCUGGGCCAACAACCUCGCCGUGCUCGAGUGUCUGCAGGACGUCCGUGAGCCAGAUAAUGAAAUCUCUUCAGACUGCAAUCACCUCUUGUGGAACUACAAGCUGAACCUGACUACAGAUCCGAAGUUUGAAUCCGUGGCCAGAGAAGUCUGCAAGUCCACUAUCGCAGAGAUCAAGGAGUGUGCAGAUGAACCAGUCGGUAAAGGCUUCUUGGUGUCAUGUUUGGUGGAUCACAGAGGCAAUAUCACUGAAUACCAGUGCCAUCAGUACAUCACUAAAAUGACAGCCAUUAUCUUCAGUGAUUAUCGGUUGAUCUGUGGCUUCAUGGAUGACUGCAAGGCUGACAUCAAUCUCCUGAAAUGUGGCAGCAUUCGACCUGGAGAAAAGGAUGCCCACUCGCAAGGAGAGGUGGUGGCAUGCCUGGAAAAAGGCCUGGUAAAAGAGGCGGAGGAGACUGAUCCUCGGAUUCAGGUUUCUGAUCAGUGUAAGAAAGCAAUUCUUCGUGUAGCUGAACUCUCUUCGGAUGACUUCCACUUGGACCGGCACCUCUAUUUUGCAUGCCGAGAUGAUAGAGAACGAUUUUGUGAAAAUACUCAGGCUGGGGAAGGCCGAGUCUACAAGUGCCUCUUUAAUCACAAGUUUGAAGAAUCAAUGAGUGAAAAGUGUCGUGAUGCGCUGACAACCCGCCAGAAGCUGAUCGCCCAAGACUACAAAGUCAGUUACUCGCUUGCAAAGUCCUGUAAAAGUGAUCUGAAGAAGUACCGCUGUAACGUGGAGAACCUUCCUCGCUCUCGGGAAGCCAGGCUUUCCUAUCUGUUGAUGUGCUUAGAGUCUGCUGUGCACAGAGGUCGACAAGUAAGCAGUGAGUGCCAGGGUGAAAUGUUGGAUUACCGGCGCAUGCUAAUGGAAGACUUCUCGCUGAGUCCGGAAAUCAUCCUGAGCUGCCGAGGGGAGAUCGAACACCACUGCUCAGGCCUGCAUCGGAAGGGUCGCACCCUCCACUGCCUGAUGAAAGUAGUACGGGGCGAAAAGGGAAACGUCGGGCUGAAUUGUCAGCAGGCGCUUCAAACACUGAUUCAAGAGACUGACCCGGGUGCAGAUUACCGCAUCGACCGAGCAUUGAAUGAGGCCUGUGAAUCAGUUAUACAGACUGCCUGCAAGCACAUACGGUCUGGAGACCCAAUGAUUCUGUCGUGCCUGAUGGAGCACUUGUAUACUGAGAAGAUGGUAGAGGACUGCGAGCAUAGGCUCCUGGAGCUCCAGUAUUUUAUCUCUCGUGAUUGGAAAUUGGAUACAGUCCUUUACCGCAAGUGUCAGGGAGAUGCCUCCCGUCUCUGCCAUACCCAUGGCUGGAACGAGACUAGUGAGCUGAUGCCUCCAGGGGCUGUUUUCUCCUGCUUGUACAGGCAUGCGUACCGCACAGAGGAGCAAGGAAGGAGGCUAUCACGAGAGUGCAGAGCAGAGGUCCAGAGAAUCCUCCACCAGCGUGCCAUGGAUGUGAAGCUGGACCCAGCCCUCCAGGACAAGUGCAUGAUUGACUUAGGGAAGUGGUGCAGUGAAAAAACAGAGACAGGGCAGGAGCUGGAAUGCCUUCAGGACCAUCUUGAUGACUUGGUGUCUGAUUGCAGAGACAUAGUGGGAAACCUCACUGAGCUGGAGUCUGAGGACAUUCAAAUUGAAGCUUUGCUGAUGAGGGCGUGUGAGCCCAUUAUCCAGACGUUCUGCCAUGAGGUUGCAGAUAACCAGAUUGAUUCUGGGGACCUGAUGGAGUGUCUAAUACAGAACAAACACCAGAAGGAAAUGAAUGAGAAAUGUGCAAUCGGAGUUACUCAUUUCCAGCUGGUUCAAAUGAAGGAUUUUAGGUUCUCAUACAAGUUUAAAAUGGCUUGCAAGGAGGAUGUGCUGAAACUUUGCCCCAACAUCAAAAAAAAGGUGGAUGUGGUGAUCUGUCUGAGCACAACUGUGCGCAAUGAUACUUUGCAGGAUGCCAAGGAGCACAGGGUCUCUCUGAAGUGCCGCAAACAGCUGCGUGUUGAGGAGCUAGAGAUGACCGAGGAUAUCAGACUUGAACCAGAACUGUAUGAGGCUUGUAAAAACGACAUCAAGAAUUACUGCCAAAACGUGCCCUAUGGCAAUGCUCAGAUUAUUGAAUGCCUGAAAGAAGUCAAGAAGCAGUUGAGUACGCGGUGCCACCAGAAGGUGUUUAAACUGCAGGAGACAGAGAUGAUGGAUCCAGAGCUGGACUACACACUCAUGAGAGUCUGCAAGCAGAUGAUCAAGCGGUUUUGUCCAGAGGCAGACUCAAAAAACAUGUUGCAGUGUUUGAAACAAAACAAGAACAGUGAAGUGAUGGAUCCUAAAUGCAAGCAAAUGAUUACCAAGCGCCAGAUUACACAGAACACAGAUUACCGGUUAAAUCCAGUGCUCAGGAAGGCAUGCAAAGCAGACAUACCGAAAUUCUGCCAAAAUAUCCUGAAUAGGGCCAAGGAUGAUACAGAGUUGGAAGGACAAGUCAUCUCAUGCCUGAAGCUGAAAUACGCAGACCAGCGUCUCUCUCCAGACUGCGAGGACCAAAUUCGAGUGAUAAUCCAGGAAUCGGCUCUUGAUUAUCGGCUGGAUCCCCAACUUCAGAUGCACUGCUCUGAAGAGAUUUCCAGCUUGUGUGCGGAAGAAGCAGCAGCUCAGGAGCAGACUGGGCAGGUGGAAGAAUGUCUGAAAGUGAAUCUGCUGAAAAUAAAAACUGAAAUGUGCAAGAAGGAAGUGCUCAACAUGCUGAAAGAAAGCAAAGCAGAUAUAUUUGUUGAUCCAGUGCUCCACACAGCCUGUGCCCUGGACAUCAAACACCACUGUGCUGCCAUUCCACCAGGAAGAGGACGCCAAAUGUCGUGCUUAAUGGAAGCUCUGGAAGAUAAGCGUGUGAGGUUGCAGCCCGAAUGCAAGAAACGCCUUAAUGAUCGGAUUGAAAUGUGGAGCUAUGCUGCAAAGGUUGCCCCAGCGGAAGGCUUUUCUGACCUUGCCAUGCAAGUUAUGACCUCUCCGUCCAAGAAUUACAUACUGUCUGUGAUCACGGUCGGCAUCUGUGUACUCUUCCUCAUCGGCCUGAUGUGUGGACGCAUCACCAAGCGGGUGACAAGAGAGCUCAAGGACAGGUAGAGCCUGGAUUGCCUGCUGAAGAAAUGCCUGCCUAGUGCCCAGUUUUGUACAGCCCUCCUCUGUAUAGUCUACCCAUGCCCUCUUGUGAGAGGAGAAUAAAAAAAAAAAAAAAAUUAGAACAGCAGCAGGUGUUGGCUCAGUUUUCCCAUCCUGGAUCUCAUCCACAGCAUCUUCAUCCUAUGAAAGUUUGUGUGCAACAUUGGCAGCCCAGCCAGCAGCUUUCGUUACCCCUUUGUUAGCAGACUCUCGUUUACCUGCCUGUAGACAAGUCUCUAUUGUACUGUUGGAACUGCCUUCACUCCAAAUCAGACUGAUACGACCUGCAGCUCAAGCAGUUUUUAAGUAAAUUUUUAAAGAAAGACAUAUAUCUGCAUACCGACUAUAUGAUUUAGGUAAUGGUUCAUACUGAAAUCUAGUCAUCCUCUGUGGCUGGGUGAAAUCGAGGCAGGAAAUUAAAGGGUAAAUUGCAUCUUACACCACAGUUGGCCUUGUUUUGGACAUCUUGCUCAUCUUAUGUAAAGCAUCUUCAGAGCAUAGUCUUGGACACAACCUAAGGACACCAGUCACUGGUGUCGUCUUCUAGUGAAUAUCCUGCUUUUGUUACUGUGGAUUUUUUUGGCUGAAAAGAUGUCCUCCCUUUCUUCCUCUGCCACUCGCAAGAUAGAAUAAAAUACUGACCAGGAUCAAAUACUCAUGUGAGCUGUACAACUUGUAUUUCAGUAGAUGAAAGACACGGUGUAGACGCAAGGCAUGUAGAGCCUGUCAGCCUACAGUGCUGCUGUCAGCGGGCAUCGAGUGCCCUGAUCAGUUACUCGGUCUGGUUUUUAUUAGUGAUGAUGCAGUAAAAUUCUAACACUCCUUUUAUUUUACCUCGCUGCUGCUAAGCUUUUACCCUUCUGAAUUCAUUAUCUACAGACGGUAUCGACGCACUGGCAAAUACGGUGCUUUGUCAGAGAUGCAGAAAGCGACUGAACACUCAACGUGCUCUAUCUGUAAAGGGUUACUUGCGGGCUAGUGCAGUGGUUUGUAACUGGCCUGCCUGGGUCUUAAUGGUUUAAAUGGUGGGGUGGUUUUUUUUCGUUUCCACAACUACAAUUGAUACGGAUACCAACUGGUGUUUUCUGGGAUGUAGGACACGGGUGCUGGUCUGGAAGGGCCAAGCAGGGGUGGAUGGAAGGAUGAUGGAACAUCUGGAUCUUUAAGGGAAGGAGCUUUCACAUUGUUACCAUCGAUGCGCGCCCUUACGUUAUAUAUAGUUACGCUUCCAGAACCUGAUACUCAUACUUGAGAGCCUGAAGAAGGUGUUUUAGAAAAUCCGCACCAGUAGUUGUGGCCUCUUCUUUCCAUCAUCUUUGCCCCUCAAGUCCAGGGAGGCAUGGAGGUCGUAAGCCACGUGCUUUGGCUCAAACACGAGGAGAUAGGUUGAGUGUGUUGGUGAAAUGCAGAAGUAGCUGCACAAGUCCAUGUGUACAGUAGGAUGUACUUUAUUCGCUUUUUAGAUGUGCUCACCUGCGUGUGCUACAGUAAAAAUCAUGUGCCUGAAACUGUCCAACUUAGGCUGACGCUUGAACCAGAACUUUAGUUUCCCACUUAGUGCACUGCUAGGUAAGACCUGACACUUGCGGUUCUCUGCAUUCUUCUCUAGAAGAACAGUGGAGGUGGUUUUGAAGCACUUUGGAAUGUGGACCAGCUGAUUCUGAUGAUGCUGCGUGUACAGAAUGGCGUAUACAAAAUACUGUGAGCUUUUGCUGCAACCGAAGCUUUUUGCAAACGUACCUUCAUCCCACUCUGAGGAUGGACAGCAAACUAUUAGCGAUACGGUUUUAGACUUACUAUGCUAGUGAGUCUUUCACAAUCUCUUCUGGUUUUAUAUCGAAGUAUUAUGAACACGAGGCAAGCAGUAGAGAAUGUCUGAGCAAGGUUCAGUGGAGAAUUAGUGCAUGGUAAGAUUGUAGUACAGAAAUUAAGCCUGAAUUCUUUCUCUCGCCCCUCUUCCCUGAUGCUAACGGAGCUUAACUGGCCGUCUGUCAAUGUGAAGUGGAGCAGAAGAGGGAACGGUUGAUGGCAUCUCUUGAGGUAGCACAGGUGUAUUACACCGCAAGUGUUAGUUUGGCAAUUGUAAGCGUAGAUUGUUUCACUUGGCUGAGGGCUGAAAUUACUGCUGUAGAGAUGGGUGUGUUCGCAGAGCUGCCGGCGAGGGAAUUGGGAUCUUUGUCCAGCCUCGCUUGUUUGGCACGAGUCUCACUUCUCGAAAUGUCUAUCAGGCAUAAUUAAAUUGCUAUUGGAGGGCUUUUUUUAAACUGUUGUGACUUUUUAAAAAGGCGUUUUGUAACCUGAUUAGCUUGAAAAGCCUAAUUAGAUGGUUUAUUGUCUAGAAAUAGCAUCUUCCACUAAAUUCCAAAAGACAUUGCAGUGAAAAUUGUAGGUUUGUAGCCAUAGUUCUGAAUGUAAACCCUGUUGAGCUCUGAAGGUGACGUUCUUUACUUUCAGAGAUAAGGCUUUCUGGGUUUGGGUUUUGGGUUGGUUUUUUUUGCUUUUUAAUUUGGAGUAGGCUGUGCGGUAAGGGUGCCUGGAGCGCCACGUUAGGAGUCUGUGGUCUACGGUGGCGUCAGUCUGUAGCUGGUGGUGUUUGUGGCUGUGUCAGCAGGCUCACCUGGGAAUUGGGUGUCAUUGCGAGUGCUCUGGGAUGGUGUUACAGGUGUGUGUCCGGGGGCCCUCUGAAGCAAAGGUAGGAUACUAAAUAAAUUCCCUUACGAUGCCACAGAUGCACCUUUAAAGGGUCCAGACCAUUUUGUCAUUGAGCAUCGUUAUCUCUUCACGUUUUAAAAUGGGGCCUCCUGCCACUGCUGAUGCCCAAAUUUGCUUUUUUCGUGACUAGUCUUGAAACAUCCUCCUCCUUUUCACAUAUACCUAAAUAUCUAGAGGUCUCAAAAGCACAGAAGCCCACACAAGUACUCUUCCAAAAAUAACCUGCUUGUGCUGUUGCCAACACAACCCCUUGCCUGCAGGUAACCAUUUUCCAUUGCAGGGAAAGAAACAAUUGGUUGUAAGAAACACUGCUGUUGCCUUGAGCUUGAGGAAGCCUUUUUAACUUCUCCGAUCUAAUCGCUUGCACUACAAAUAGCUGCGAUCAGUUGAGAGAAGAGUGUUGGUGUGGCAAAACCUGGGGUACCCCUUCUUCAUGACCCUUGCCUCUUGGUAGAGAAGAACGCAAUUCAGGGGGUGGGGGGUUUUUUUUAUUCCCCUUCUCUUGGAGAGCUUUAUUCUAGACCUGGAGAUGCUGAUGCUCCUGGGGAUUUAUGGAAGGGAUGGAUGCCUGGGAUGUGCAAGGCACGCAGCUCUCAGUUUCCCUCCUGCUGCUGCAAGGGUUAAUGAGCCGUUUCCUAAACGAAGGCACGCGUUUAGAUGACAUGGCUGAGGGGGACCGUGCGUGAUGUGCACCUUGUUACUUCACUCCUGCUAGCCCGUUAGCAUUUGUUCAUUCUUGCUGACCUUAAUAAGCUUAUUUAUUGUUUACCUAGUGGGCUUAGUCAGGUCCUUUUUGCUGAAUUUCAACUUGGGAUUCUCCUGCCUCGCCUCUGUCGUGCAGGCUGCUGGAGUAACUUGUGAGUAGGAACGAAAUUCCUGGCACUUUGAGUACUGUCCAGCGAGUACCCGUAUGUCUGCGUCACUGAAAAGGGCUGGGAAAGCCCUAAUGAUGAUCAAAUAAUUCUGUAACAAAAUUUUAAGCAUUUUACCCAGAAUCUGACGCUUAAAUCCAUGUGAAUAUAAUGAAUCUUGUUCUGAAAGAAUCCACAGUAAGCGCAUUGUACGAAAAAUGACGGAGAGGAGUGAAUGUCUCUAGGAAGUACGGAAACUAACUGUGGGUGGGCACGGAGGGAGGAAAUGUGGUAAGCCGGAGGGAUCACUUGAAUCCGAUAACGUAGAGGAAUUCUGUUCAAGUUGGAUGGCGACUUCUGUUAAAACACAACUUUAUUAUUUAGUUGAAAGAGGAUUGUAGUACUUUUUUUUUUUUUACUUUAUCGGUUUUGUUUUUAAAAAAAAAAAGGUAGUUUUGAGGUGUGUGUGAGUGCGUGAGUGUGGUAUGAAACCGGAACAUUUCAUCUAGCACUUCUGUCCCUAUUUAAAAUAGAGCUCUGUGGACACAAACAGCUGUAGGGGCGGUUUGUAUGAAAGUACACUUUUAGUUUAUGGGGUUCCAAAUCUUCAGGGCAGCUCCCAGGUACUGAUCUUUUGUGCAGUCUCCCUGCUUGGCAGCCAAGCCUGAGUCGAGGUUAGAGGCAACCCAAAUCACAGGCAAACAGGCGAGAAUUCAGCUGGUUCUGCUGUUUCUGUCCCGAACCAGUGGAAUUCUGCAUCGUACCCGCUCCAUCGGGUUCCUGUGUGCGACAGGGAGGAGUAAUAACACAUUGCCACUUACUGGCCAAAGGCAGAUUGCCGUUUUCUCCUUCCACAGCGCCCAAAUUUCAUUCCAUAGCUGACCGAAAGCAGAAGAUCCCUUCCUGGGAUGGCUGCACCCCAAAAUCCCACCCCGCUGCCCCCCCCCCGAGCAGAAAUAUUUGCGUAGCUCUCGCCUAGGGGAAAAAAGGGAAGGUGUGACUUUUGCCCGUAGACACUCGUGCCGGAUGGAGGUGGUCAGAAGCUGUGACUGGUGUUUGUGUCGGGGUGGACAGCGCGUACCAGAGAAACCAGAGCCGGGUUUUGGGGGGGGGGGGUGUGUCGGGGAACCCCAGCCCCCCUGGGAUGGCGCUGCAGGCCUCCCCCCACAGUGUGCAAAACAGACCCAGCGGGUUCCGAUUGUACAGCAGAAGCUGUUUGAACUUAGUCUCUUUUUUAUUAUUAUUUUUAAAUGUGACAUUAACAAGACUUUUUUUGUAAAUUGUUUGACCUUUCUGUGUAUAAAUCCUGGCCGGUUUGGGUUUUUUUGUUGUUUUUUUUUUACAUGUCCAUGCUGUGUAAUUUUGAGAUGUUACUGAGAUUCUGAACAUAAUAAUGUGCAUUUUUUUCUGUACAGAUGAAAUGGGAGAAUUUAAUAAAAAGAGUCUGCAGGUUUUUA